CUCACAGGCAGAGAGACAAACGGACCAGAAGGGAACUAUUCUACAAUGACACCUGCCAUGAUGACAGAGGAACAGCUAGCCUGCAGGGCCAACAUGGAAGUUACAAAAAUUGAAAGUCAUGUGGAUGAUAUCCUUAGUGUGGCACAAGAUUUACCAACAUCGCCAACAAAGCCUCAAGAGAGUGGAGCUAGAGACUCAGCACACAUGGGUGGAGAGACAGCUUUGAUAAUGUCCAAAUUUGCCGCAAAUGUAAAAAUGUGUGUCAGUGUUGAAGGUAAAGAAGAUGACAGAACUGUGGAGAAUGUUGUUUCAGAGGCACAAGAUUCACCAGCAUCACCAGCACGAACACAAAAGAGCGGAGACAGUGAGUCUUCAGAAAUGGAUGACGAGACUAUUCAGAAUCUUCAAGGACCCUCAGUAGAUUUGGAAAUGGAGAGCACAGAAGAUGAGGAAAUGGCCUGCACUGAGGAAGACCUCCCCUCACAACCAAAAAAAACACUGAUAUUACCAGCAAAAGUGCAACAGAGGGGCAAUAGAGAUGCUGCAGACAUAGUUGAAGAGAGACCUAAGGAGACACCUGGAACCUCAGAUACCAUUUCUUCUCCAUGUCCUCACUACCUCAUGACAACAAGGGAGCUUCAGCUGUACUGGAAAGCAGAGAAAUCCAAAAGAAAACCAGUUAGGCUUGUUUUUGAUAUUCAGUCCACUCGCAUUGCUGAGGAUUUCCUGUCAAAAUUUGUGUUAUACAAAAUUGUCAUUAUCAAAACAGGAAGUUACGAUGGAAGCAAAGUUUUUAUCGAACGCAGAUACUCUGACUUUGAGAAGCUUCACAAGAACUUGCUGAAAGACUUUAAAGAGGAAAUGGAAGAUAUUAUGUUUCCCAAAAAGGUGUUGAUGGGCAACAUGAUUCCAGAAAUAAUAAAUAAGAGGAUACUGAUGCUAAACGACUACCUCAGAGAGUUGUAUGCUAUAAAAUACAUCAGAAAGUCCAAGAAAUUUAUGGACUUUUUCAUCAAUCCUGAACUUGAGGAAGGUUAUAGUUGUCUGCGUGGAGGACAGUAUGAUAAAGCCCUGGAGAUCUUCCAAAACAUUGUAUAUCUCCAAGAAAAGAUAGCCAGCCAUUUUCCUACUGUAAUGAUUCCAUCCCUCUGUGCCUUGCUUGUAUGUUAUAAAGACUUGGAUGAGAUUGAAAAAGCUUAUGAAGUAGGAACUAAAGUUGUUCCUCUUAUAGAAAAACAUCCCGGACACAAAUAUUAUGUCCCAUUGCUGGAUACAAUGAUUUCACUGGCUUAUAAACUUGAGAAGGACUUUGUGUCGCUGCAGAAACAGCUUUCUAAAGGGGAAAACAUGAUGAGGAGAGGUUUAGAAAUCACUAUGUUUACCUUAAAGGAAAUGGUGGUGCAGGAGUGCACUAGCUGAAGAAAGACAUUGGAGCUUGCAUGACUUGCUUUGUUAUGUUUGAGAUGGAUAGCGCAAAGUCACAUGGUAUGAAAGUUUCAAAUCCAUCCAAUUGUUUUAUAUAAACUUCCUCAAAAAAGACUUGAAGAGCAGGAGAUUGGCAUAUGUGCCCCACAUCCACAGUGUUUUAUAUAUUAGACAUUUUUCUGCCAAUCGCUAUUUAAUAGCUUGUUAUUUAUUGAAUGAUUGUUUUAAAAGCUUCUAUGUAAAGGCUUUUCUUUUGUAUAAAACUGUAAAUAUAAACUUUCAUUGAACAAGUUUCAAUCCUAUAAACUUGGUAUUUUUUUAA